AUGGCAGACCUAGAUUCUUGCUGCAAGGCGCCUGCAGUGAAGGGCGUCAACGGAAACACAGAUGAAACAAACAACUUCAAAGAAAAAGCAGAUGAAUGCCCCCCUUCCCCCAGCGUUUGCGUCAGCAUCUCUCCCAAGUGGCAAACAGUUCCCAACAAACCAGUUGAGCCGGAGAAGCACGUGAAUGAACGGUGGUAUUGGAGCGGCAUCUCGGUGUAUCACGUGGGUUGGUUUGUGUUUCUUGCAUUUCUUUCGAUCUACAUCUCCCUGUCGAGGGCGCACGGUUGGAGGUGGUCUGACGAGCGUCAGUUGUCGCUGAAUUCGCUACCCGUGCAAACAAGAUGGCGGCUGUUGAUUACCCCAAGAGUGAGCUGCGCUGAAGACCCCCCGUUUGUAGCGCUGAUUACUAUGACGGGGGCAGCAGAUGCAGAGGCGCGGGAGGUGGUGCGACGCACUUGGGGGGGGGUCAGCCGGGUAGGGAAGAGGCGGGUUCGUUUGUUCUUUUUGUUGGGCACAGUGGGGUCACAGGAGGUGCAGCAGGCUGUGGAGAAAGAGGCAGAAACGUUUGGUGAUAUCCUGCAGCAUUCAGCUCCCGACUUGUUCUUUUUGUUGGGCACAGUGGGGUCACAGGAGGUGCAGCAGGCUGUGGAGAAAGAGGCAGAAACUUUUGGCGAUAUCCUGCAGCAUUCAGCUCCCGAUAAAUAUCGCAAUCUGACGUACAAGACCAUCACUGCCUUCCGCUGGGUCACAGAGUCAUGCCCGGAGGCCAAGUUUCUUGUAAAGGCAGACGCAGACGUGCUUAUUGACAUGAAUAAACUUUUGGGGUACUUGAAUGCCCACCAAGACGAGACAGAUGUAGCCGCUGGGGUGCUCCGCACGAACAUCCCAGCUAUCCGUGAUCCUUCGAACAAAAAUUAUGAAGACCCAGGCGUAUACAGUGCCUCAACUUACCCGCCGUAUCUUUCGGGUCCUCUCUACAUCGUUUCUCGUGAUUUAGUCGCAAAAAUCGCAGCUGUUGCAAAGUGGUUGCCAGUUUUAAGCAACGAAGACUGCUUUAUAGGCACGUGCUUGCAGGCCUUAGGUGUACAGCCCCAGUCUACAUUGCCGGGCGCUAUGAUUGAUGUAUUUUUCAACAACUCCGGCGAUAUUUCUGAACUUAGAAACUGGAUGGCCAUUCACCCCGUUGUCAAAGAAAAGCUCCUCACUCUUUGGGGGGAACUGCACUGA